AUGUCAGAAGCUACCGGCUCAAAUUUGGAUGACGUGUGGAGACAGUUGGGCACUUUUGGGAAAUAUACGGUGUUGAAUUAUGUUUACCUAUUGUUUCCGUGUUAUUUGGCCGGCAUUUAUGGAUCGGUAUUCAAUUUUGAAGCUAUGGAUAUAAAUUAUAGAUGUGAAAUUCCCGAAUGUGAACAAGCCAAUAAUAGUUGGUUGGAAUAUGCAAUACCAAAGGAUGACAAUAAGUAUGAGAAAUGUAGAACAUACGAAAUUAAAAAUAAUUAUACGGCGUUCUGUGAUAAAAAUUAUUUCAAUCAGUCUUUACUUGUGAAAUGUGAUAGAUAUGUUUAUAGUGAUGAAGAUUCCGUUGUUAGGGAUUUUAACCUCGGAUGCCAGGAUUGGAAGAGAACUCUCGUAGGAACAUUUUCCUGCGCAGGAUUCCUAAUAGCUCUUCCUAUGACUGGGGUCAUCUCUGAUAAAUUUGGCAGAGUUAAAGCCAUGGCUGGAGCAAGUGCUAUGUAUGCUACAUUUGGAAUUAUCAGGUCAUUUUCCACGAGUUAUGAAAUGCUCAUUGUCUUUGAAUUCUUAGAAACUUCCACCGGCGCCGGCGCAUAUAGUGCUGCAUUCGUUUUUGGUAUGGAGUUGGUUCGCCCCAACGGUCGAGUGUUCGGCAACACAUUGAUAAACUUUGCAUUUAUUUUGGGUUCCAUGUCGCUGUCUUUACUGGCAUGGGCUCUACAAAACUGGCGACUCAUGCUCCGAAUCGUAUACGCACCUGCCUUCUUAGUUCUCUCAUACUUAUUUCUUCUCGACGAAAGUCCAAGAUGGCUGCUCAGCAAAGGCAGGUGUGACGAAGCUCUUGAUAUCCUGAAAAGGGCAGGAAAAAUGAACAAUGUUAAUAUAUCCCAGCAAUUACUAUCAUCCCUUAAAGCCAACGUAAAAUUAGACAAAGUUAGCAAAAAGGAAAUGGAAUUCUCGACUGUAUUUACGAAAGUCGUUAAGUCUAAAACGAUGUUACUGAGACUAGUAUUAUGUUGCUAUUUAUGGAUCACGUGUUCGUUCGCGUAUUACGGUUUAUCGAUCAACUCUGUGUCGUUAGCCGGGAAUAAAUAUCUUAAUUAUACGUUUGUGGUGUUCAUAGAGAUCCCCGCUAAUGCGAUGUGCUAUAUUGUUUUGACAAGAUUCGGGAGAAAGAAGGUUCUCGUGACUAUGUAUACGCUGGGAGGGUUGCUCUGUAUUGGUCUGACUUUGAUACCACGGAAUUCGCUUUGGUCCUUGGUGAUCUACUUGGCUGGAAAGUUUGCUAUAACGGUAGCAUAUAGUACAGUAUACGUCACUGUCUCAGAAAUAUUUCCGACGAAUGCGAGACAAUCUCUCCUCGCUAUAUGCUCCACUACUGGCAGGGCUGGAGCAACGAUGGCUCCUUUGACGCCGUUGCUUGCGCUGUACAAUGACAAUCUACCGACCAUCGUCUUCGGAAGUCUGGCGCUGGUGGCUGGUCUUCUGUCCUUAACCAUACCAAAUACAGACAAUAUCACAUUACCAGACAGUGUAAGAGCAGCAAAGAAUAUAUCAAAAAUUAAAAAUAUAACCAAGCUGUGA